AUUCAUAAAACUAUAGUAAUUAUUAAUAGAGCUCCAGCAGGUGGCCUCAUCCAACAGUUCCAUUUAGAUCUGGAGCUGUGUCAGAUCUUCUCCUCAUCGCAGCACAAUAGCUCACAACUGCACCUGAUGCAAAUUAGCUUCCAGAAUAAUCAGCGGAAAAAGGACCUCUUUUUCACCUAAGAACGUCUGUGGACGUAAAAACCUUUAAAAUGACAAGAGGAAGAAAAAACCUUCAGCGCAGUGGCGCGCGCAGGAAAACACAAGGUUCUGUUCGGUUCGGUUCCGACAGAUCGACCAAACCUGACCAGACCCUAAAGGAACAGAAGGAGAAGACUGGGUGAGUGCUGCAUUUCUAUACUGAGACAAUUAAUGAAGGAACCGGAAAAAAAAUCAUUCGGGUGACCGGAACCGGAGCAGCAGUAAAUUCAGACACUGGAUUUCCAGAUGCUGAGAAGAUCAGCUCUUAGUCACGGUGAAGGCAGAAGAUAACAAUCUUUUUAAACUAUACUAUUAUUUUCUCAAAAUACAACUAAAUUGCCGUUCGGAGAUUUUCCAGUUCGGUUCGGUUCCGUUACGCGCACGCGCUUCCAAACCGAAGAUUUCGGAGCGCAUGACUGAGAAUUCCGUCCACUGCCGUAACAGACAUUCUGUCUGGGGACAAUGUCAAUCAGGACAAUUCUGUUCGAAUGGAACAGAACCCGGUAAUGUGGAGUAAAGUGUCGGGACGGGAAGAUUUUAUAAACGCAGAUUGGAAAGACAUGAAAGAGGGACAGAAGACACAUGACAGAGGGACAGAAGACACAUGAACGACAUUAUUUCUUGUUUCUUUCUCAGCCUCAGAAAAGAAUAAGAGCAGGUCGCUUCAUGGAGAAAUCAGAACAACAGAGAGCAAAUUCAGAUCAAUAGAACACAUCGAUGAGCUCGAAUGGAAGGCUGAUGAUUGUGCUUAGACACAUUCACUUAAACAUGCUGGAGGGAAAAUGUUGUGCAACUGGGAGGAAACCAGCAGCCUGUUAGAGUAACUGAAUCAGUUUGUUGUAACAGGUUGAAUUUCUCUGGAUAUUUAUUAAAUGUCAAAUGGCUUUUGAACAUGGAACACCAUUUCGUGGCUUCUGUAAAGGUAAAUAAUUAGAAUAUAUUUGCAACAGUGAUCUUGAUGUGGAUGAUCAGAGCUUUGAGUCACAGGUUUAUUUCGCUCUUGUGAUUCUUCCCUGUUCCUUUGAACGUGGAAUUAUGGGGUGACUGCUGCUGUUACUCAGUGAAAAAGUCAUGGAUGUAAAUUUUUCCUCGGUUCUUGACAGCGAUUUAGUGCGACGUGAUUCAUCAAAGCGUGUUCUGACUGGCUGCUUUCUUUCUCUCCUCAUCCUCACCACUCUGCUAGGAAACACUCUGGUCUGUGCUGCUGUUACAAAGUUUCGUCAUCUGCGUUCCAAAGUCACUAACUUCUUUGUUAUAUCACUGGCUAUUUCAGACCUACUGGUGGCCAUUUUGGUGAUGCCAUGGAAGGCAGCUACAGAAAUUGUUGGAUUUUGGCCUUUUGGUGCUUUCUGCAAUAUCUGGGUGGCAUUUGACAUCAUGUGCUCCACUGCUUCAAUCCUGAACCUAUGUGUCAUAAGUGUGGACCGAUAUUGGGCCAUUUCCAGCCCGUUUCGCUAUGAGCGCAAAAUGACACCCAAGGUGGCAUUCAUCAUGAUUAGUGUGGCGUGGACUUUGUCUGUUCUUAUCUCCUUCAUCCCUGUGCAGCUGAAUUGGCACAAAACACAAAGUGCAGGUUACAGUGAACUGAACAGCACCUAUGCUGAACUUUCACAAGACAACUGUGACUCUAGUCUGAAUCGAACAUAUGCCAUUUCCUCCUCACUCAUCAGUUUCUACAUUCCGGUAGCCAUCAUGAUUGUCACCUACACCCGCAUUUACCGCAUUGCCCAGAAGCAAAUUCGCAGGAUAUCCGCCCUGGAGCGAGCAGCAGAAAAUGCCAAAAACCGCUACAGCAGCAUGGGCAACAGCAGCAGCAUAGACUCUGAAAGCUCCUUUAAGAUUUCCUUUAAACGUGAAACAAAAGUCCUCAAGACACUUUCGGUCAUCAUGGGGGUGUUUGUUUUCUGCUGGCUUCCCUUCUUUAUCCUCAACUGCAUGGUGCCUUUCUGCGAGCCCAAUGAAAGCGUGGACUUCCCAUGCAUAAACACAACUACCUUUGAUGUCUUCGUCUGGUUUGGCUGGGCUAACUCCUCACUCAACCCCAUCAUCUACGCCUUCAAUGCUGACUUCCGCAAAGCAUUUUCCUCCCUUCUGGGCUGCCAAAAUGUCUGCCCUGGAAGCAACUCUAUUGAGAUUGUAAACAUCAACAACGGAGCAUCCAAGCAGGUCUUACACCAUCAACCCAAAGGCCUAAUCUCCAAAGGUGGUAGGAACAGCAGCCAUGUGAUCCCACAUAGCAUACUAUGCCAGGAUGAGGAGGUUCAAAAGAAAGAAGAGAAUUUUGGGGUUAAGUCCCUGGUGCAUCUCUCCCCUUAUAUGUCUGACAACCUGGACAGUGAUGCUGCUAUUUCUCUGGAAAAGAUUAACGCCAUCACACAAAAUGGGCAGCACAAAUGUAUACCUUGCUGAACUUAAUGUUAUUAAGAGCUAGCAGCACAGAGAUCACCUCUUAAAAAGAUCACUUGGUUCAGAAUAAAAAUUUUCCUUUUGGAAGCACUUUA